AUGUUUUUAUUUCUACACACGGUCCUGCUUUUUCACCCCCUUAAUGCAAUAGAAGAAAACACUUAUUGCAAAAUAAUGGGAGACCCUAAAUACCCACUACUUUCCAAGGAUGGAGACAUAACUAUUGGAGCAAUUUUUCCAGUACACACUAAAGAAACAUUACCUUCAUUUGAAUUCACACAAAAACCUCAGCCUAUAUCAUGUUCCAGUGUGAGUCUAAGAGAUUUUCGACUGUCUCAAAUUAUGAUUUUUGCAAUUGAGGAGAUUAACAGAAGUGAGACUUUGCUCCCGAAUGUUUCUGUUGGCUAUAGAAUUUAUGACAGCUGUGCUUCAAGACUGUCUUCUAUGAGUGCAACUAUGGCAGUGAUGAAUGGUCAGGACAUUGCAGCAGGGGAAAAAUGCAAUGGACAGUCUCCUAUACAUGCUAUCAUAGGGGAAACAGAGUCUGCCACAACAAUUAUUGUGUCUAGAACCACAGGACCUUUUAAAAUUCCAGUGAUAAGUCACUCUGCCGCAUGUGAGUGUCUCAGUAAUAGAAAAUAUUACCCCUCUUUCUUCAGGACCAUGUCUAGUGAUUAUCACCAGGGCAGAGCACUUGCACUCUUGGUCAAGCACUUAGGCUGGAAUUGGGUUGGAGCUGUGAACAGUGACAAUGAGUAUGGAAACAAUGGAAUGGACAUUUUUCUGAACUCAGCCAAGAAGGAGGGGAUUUGUGUAGAGUACUCUGUGAAAUUCUACCGAACAGAGCCUGAAAAACUCCUAAAAGUGGUAAAAACAAUAAAACGAGGAACAGCAAAAGUGAUUGUUGCAUUUGUUGCAUUUUUCGAGAUGGGACUACUAAUAGAUCAACUGAGUAUUCAGAACAUUACAGGCCUCCAAAUGGUUGGUGUGUUCGGAUGGAUAGCUUCAAGGAAUUUGAUAACUCCAAACAGUUUCCGUGUGAUGGGAGGGUCACUGGGAUUUGCAUUGAGAAAAAUCCAUAUUGAAGGUUUUUCAGAUUAUGUUAUUAAAGCAUUCUGGGAAACAGCUUUUCCAUGCUCAAAAAGACCUAGGAAUUUAUCUCAAGCUGAAUAUAAUUGCAGCAGUUAUCAGGAUCUACUUUUGUUGAGAAAUAACAAUGAAGAUGUGCCUGAACAAAGAUUUUCAACUAAUGUCUACAAAGCAGUGUAUGCCGUGGCUUAUGCAUUACACAGUCUAAUGAAGUGCAAAGGACAAGGAGUCUGUGAAAAAGCUCAGACAAUACAACCACAACAGGUUGUUGAGGCUCUGAAAAAUGUAAAUUUCACAGUUAAAUUUGGCGAUCGUGUGUGGUUUGACAGCACUGGUGCUACAGUAGCCCAAUUUGAAGUUGUGAACUGGCAGCAGGACUCAAAUGGAUCAUUUCAGUUUAAACCAGUGGGUUACUAUGAUGCCUCACUGCCCCCUGACCAGCGCUUUGUACUUAACACUGAAAAUAUAAUCUGGCCUGGAGGACAGCUGAAGAAGCCAAGGUCUAUGUGCAGUGAGAGUUGUCCUCCAGGCACUAGGAAGGCUGUACAGAAAGGAAGACCUGUCUGCUGUUAUGACUGUAUUACAUGUGCAGAUGGAGAAAUCAGUAAUGAGACAGAUUCAAAUAACUGCCAGCAGUGUCCAGGGGAAUACUGGUCUAAUACUGAGAACACUGAAUGUGUGUUAAAGGCUGUAGAGUUUCUGUCAUUCACAGAAGUUAUGGGUAUAGUGUUAGUCUUUUUCUCUCUGUUUGGAGUAGGAAUAACUGUACUGGUGGCCAUCCUGUUUUACAGUAAGAAGGACACUCCCAUAGUAAAAGCCAACAACUCAGAGCUGAGCUUCCUGUUGCUCUUCUCAUUGAUUCUGUGUUUUCUCUGUUCACUUACUUUCAUUGGUCGCCCCACUGAGUGGUCCUGUAUGUUGCGUCACACAGCAUUUGGGAUCACUUUUGUCCUCUGUCUCUCCUGUGUUCUGGGGAAAACAAUAGUGGUGUUAAUGGCAUUCAAGGCCACACUUCCAGGAAGUAAUGUCAUGAAAUGGUUUGGGCCUGCACAACAGAGACUCAGUGUUUUUGCCUUUACUCUUAUGCAAGUUCUUAUCUGUGUGCUUUGGCUAACAAUAUCUCCUCCUAUUCCAUAUAAAAAUAUGACAUAUUUUAAGGAGAAGAUUAUUCUUGAAUGCAGUUUGGGUUCUACUGUUGGUUUCUGGGCUGUGUUGGGUUAUAUUGGUCUACUGGCUGUCUUAUGCUUCAUUCUGGCUUUUCUGGCUCUGACGUUGCCUGAUAACUUCAAUGAAGCUAAAUUCAUUACAUUCAGUAUGCUCAUAUUUUGUGCUGUAUGGAUCACAUUUAUUCCAGCUUAUGUCAGUUCACCUGGUAAAUUUACUGUAGCUGUGGAGAUUUUUGCUAUUUUAGCAUCAAGCUUUGGUUUACUAUUCUGCAUAUUUACACCUAAAUGUUACAUCAUUCUGUUAAAGCCUGAACAAAAUACUAAGCAAAAUUUGAUGGGAAAAUCACAAACUAAGUCUUACUGA